UUUGAGAGUAUUUUCUGUUGCCGCGGUUGUAGGGAUAUGUAUUCUUCUUCCUGUAAAUUAUUUGGGGGACCAGCUUCGUGAUAUUGACUUUUCUGAUCUUCCAAACAAGUCCUUGGAUUUAUUCAGUAUUUCGAAUGUAAAGGAUGGCUCGAAUAGGUUAUGGUUUCACUUUUCUGCUGCAUAUCUCAUCACUGGAGUUGUAUGUUUCCUGCUAUAUUUUGAGUAUAAGUAUAUCUCUGAGAAGAGGCUAGCCUACUUUAGUGCAUCUAAACCUCAAGCACAUCACUUUACUGUUCUUGUUCGUGAUAUCCCUACACACGAAGGGGGUUCUCUCAGUGAUGCUGUUGAAAGAUUUUUCGCAGAGUAUUAUCCAUCAACCUACUUGUCGCAUGUUGUGGUUCAUCGAACAAACAAGCUACGGGGUCUUAUUACUGAUGCCGAGAAUCUAUAUAGGAGACUCGCCCACCUAAAGUCAAGACCGGUUACUUCACAAAAUAAUCGUCAUGGUAGCUUCCUAGGAUUGUUUGGGAAAAAUGUUGAUCUUGCAGGUCAUUAUGCAAAGAAAUUGGAGGAUCUUGAAGAGAAUGUGAGAAUAAAGCAGACGGAUAUUUCUAUGGCAGGCGAGGAAGUUCCUGCUGCUUUUGUAUGCUUCAAAUCUCGGUAUGGUGCUGCAACAGCUGUCCACAUCCGACAAUCAAUCAAACCUACAGAGUGGGUAACAGAGGAAGCUCCUGAACCUCAUGAUGUAUACUGGCCUUUCUUCUCUACAUCAUUCAUGCAGAGAUGGAUAUCUAAGGUGGUGGUCCUGGUAGCAUCUGUUCUCCUUAUUGUCGUCUUCCUCAUUAUUGUUGCAUUUGUUCAAGGAUUGACAUAUUUGGAUCAGUUAGAGAUAUGGUUUCCUUUCCUGAAGAAAAUACUGACAGUAACUGUCGUAAGUCAAGUAAUUACUGGAUAUCUUCCCAGUCUUAUUCUUCAUUUUCUUUCAUCUUAUGUGCCUUCCAUCAUGAAGCUUUUCUCCACCAUGCAAGGAUACAUUGCCCAAAGUCAGAUUGAGAGAAGUGCAUGUUAUAAAAUGCUUUUGUUUACCAUAUGGAUCCUUUUCUUUGCAAAUGUGCUUACUGGUUCAGUUACAAGUCAACUCCAGAUGAUACUUGAUCCAAAGAAUAUUCCUUCAAGGCUAGCUGUCGUCGUGCCAGCACAGGCCUCUUUCUUCAUUGCCUAUGUGGUGACAUCAUGGACUAGUCUAUCAUCAGAACUCACUCGCAUGAUCCUUCUAAUUGUUGAUCUGAUAACCAGGAAUUGUUCAAGAUGCAAAUCUGAUGAAGUGCAGAUACCAUCUAUCCCAUACCAUAGUGAAAUACCUAGACUUCUUGUAUUUGGGCUGCUUGGACUAGUGUAUUUUAUAUUAACACCAUUAAUUCUACCAUUCUUAUUGGUUUUCUUUUGCGUUGGAUACAUAAUCUAUCGAAAUCAGCUAUUAAAUGUUUACUUGCCUAAGUAUGAGACUGGGGGAAGGUUUUGGCCGAUUGUGCACAACUCAACAAUAUUCUCUCUUAUACUUAUGCACAUAAUUGUGAUUGGAAUCUUUGGACUUAAGCAGCUUCCUCUUGCAUCGAGCUUAAUUCUGCCGCUUCCUGUGCUUACACUUCUGUUCAAUGACUAUUGUCGGAAACGCUUUCUACCCAUUUUCCAAGCUUAUUCUGCUGAGACUUUGAUAAAGAAAGACCGAGAAGAUCAGAAUGAUCCAGCAAAAAUGGCCGAGUUCUUUGACAAACUGGUCACUGCAUAUCGUGACCCAGCUCUGAUGCCAAUCAACCACUCUCAGAACUCAAAUGAGCACACCUCUCCGCUUCUUUUCUCCGCCGAAGGUUGACAUCUUCUGCUAACAAAUCACAUUAUAUCUGCUAGGAUCGAAAUGGUGCUGAAACAUAAAAGAGGGUCAAAUCAAGCUACGAGGGAAUGUGGUCUUCUGAAUACAUUUUACAUCCAUUGCAGUUUUAUAUAGAUAUGGAUUUCUAGACGCAUGUUACUUGAUUGCGUCAGGGAGCAAGCGUUUCAUCUACAAACCUUUUGUGAAAUGUUGUAGUUUUAUGGAGAUGAUUGUGGUGCAUCUCUCAUGCAAACAUUUAAUGUACAUAUGCACCUUGCUGUUUAUUUGGUCUUGAGAUGCAACUGUGUCAUUCGAUUCAUUUCAGACAUGACCAUGCUGUUGAUUUGAUCGGUGGAGCUCCAUCUUGUGCUAUGUAAUCAUAAUGGCUAUCUGCUAUUAUUUUCCU